CCAGUUCAUCACCUCAUGCGCCUAGUGCUUUUUCACGGACCACAGAACUAAAGGCGUCCAAUUUCGUGAAAUUUAACGGGUGGUAUAAUCAGCCAUCUCCGUCGCCAAUUACAGAUAUCUCUCUUCCUUUAUUCCUCGCGAUCUGGUGCAGUAUUUUCAACCCUAACUUCGGAUCCGUAUGCCAUUUACCAUGCCGUUAGAGCUUGCAAACCUUCCAGGUGCCGACGAAACCAAAGGGACAACGUUGGAUGAGUUGUCCCACAAACCAGACAAGUUAACCGCAUACAACCUCCUCCAGUCCUCCAAGCAGUUCACGCGGUUGCACCUGGACUUGGCUGAACCCAACCUCAUCAGCUCCACCAAUGCUUCCAUCGCCUCUUCUGAUACAGAGUAUCAGCAGGGAAUCUCCACCGCCACGCCGUCGGUCACAGAAGAACCGGCGUAUGGGGAGACCCAUUUACACUUGGUUCUGCCGUCUCCCUUAAUCGAGAGUUUCUCGGCCUCUGACCCGAUCGCGUCUAAACUCAGUAACAUCCCUUCUCGCCCCUCUAGCAGAGGUUCGGUCACCUCUAGCAUAUCGAUGGUGGCAAAUAAGGAUGGGAUCGAGGGUGGCCGGGUCCAGGGUCACUUUGUCCCACCCCCGUAUCUUGCCUCGUCGCUCGCUUCCUCUGUCAGCAACCUUCUGUUCAACCCCAACCAAACAUACACGACCAACGCCACCAAUGUCACUGGCACUGUUCCGAACCAUCGGUUGGCGCUCUCUAGAUCAAACUUAUACAUUGACGAUUUCUCUGACUCGGUAAAGUCUAUAAAGUCGUUGACGUUUGACGACCUUGAUUCGGAACUGUCAAGUCAAUCCCAGAGAUUUGGUCCGGAUGGUUUCAGCUGGAGCGAUGAAAAGCCGGGAGCCGCGUUAAAUCGUGACAGGGAUUUGUUACAGAGCAAGAGAAGUAAUGUCAAUACGUAGGAAAUUUGUGGUACGCACGGUGUGGAUCCCUUUUCACCGACCGGAAGUUGUGGCUGUAUCACUGGAAAGGUUUCGUAUGUGGUGGUUUGUGCGGUUCCUUUGCCAUUUUUGUUAUUCUGAUGUUUAAUGAGUUAUGAAGAAAUGCAUAGGUGUAGAGAUAUGCCGCGUGAGGGAGCUUCCCCUGGGCCAUCUAGACCCUUGAAUAUGCCCAGGUUAUCUAAAUACUUUGAAGGUGUCUAUCCAAACAUACUGUUUCUUGACCUCUUGAAAUCCACCCGAAUAUUGUUAUCACUCGUAUUAUAUGUUUACUGGAACGCUCCCAA